UGCGAGCGCGGGGUUUGAUGGGAAGGAGGUGGCCGGGCCCAAAGCUCCGUCAGCGGCGGCUGCUGCCUGCUUCGGAAGCAGGCUGCCUGGUGGCCGCCGGAGCCGGCAGAGGUGGACGCCAGCGCCUGGCUCUGCCCGCUGCUUGAAGCUGUGAAUUCCUUUGGACAAUUGAUGAUAUUUAUCACUGUGCCCAGUUUCUACAAAUAAAAGAUGGGUGGAUUAUUUUCUCGAUGGAGGACAAAACCUUCGACAGUGGAAGUUCUGGAAAAUAUAGAAAAGGAAAUUCAAGUAUUGGAAGAAUUUAGGGAAAAAAAUCAGAGAUUACAAAAAUUAUGGGUUGGAAGAUUAAUUCUCUACUCUUCAGUUCUUUAUCUGUUUACAUGUUUAAUUGUAUACUUGUGGUAUCUUCCUGAUGAACUUACGGCGAGACUUGCCAUGACACUCCCAUUUUUUGCUUUCCCACUGAUCAUCUGGACAAUUAGAACAGUGCUUAUUUUCUUCUUUUCCAAGAGAACAGAAAGAAAUAACGAAGCAUUGGAUGAUUUAAAAUCUCAGAAGAAAAAAAUACUUGAGGAGGUCAUGGAAAAAGAAACUUAUAAAACGGCUAAAUUGAUUCUUGAAAGAUUUGAUCCAGACUCAAAGAAAGCAAAGGAGUUUGAGCCGCCAUCUGCUGGAGCAGCUGUAACUGCAAGACCUGGACAAGAGAUUCGUCAGCGAACUGCAGCUCAAAGAAACCUCUCUCCAACACCAGCAAGCUCUAGCCCAGGCCCUGCUCCACAAGUUCCAGUAUCUCCUGGAACACCGAAGGACACUUCAGCCCCUGGUGGGCCCCCAGAGAGAGCUGUUGCUCCAGCCCUAACAUCAAAUGUGUUAUCAAGACGUCUUGGGUCCCCUGCUACUUCAGUGUCUGGAAUGGGUCUUCACCCUCCAGGUCCACCUUUAGCAAGACCCAUUCUCCCCCGAGAACGAGGUGCUCUGGAUAGAAUUGUUGAAUAUUUAGUUGGUGAUGGUCCCCAGAACAGGUAUGCCCUUAUAUGUCAGCAGUGUUUUUCUCAUAAUGGCAUGGCUUUGAAAGAAGAAUUUGAAUAUAUUGCUUUUCGAUGUGCCUACUGUUUUUUCUUGAAUCCUGCAAGAAAAACCAGACCCCAGGCUCCAAGGCUUCCAGAGUUUAGUUUUGAGAAGAGGCAGGUGGUGGAAGACUCGAGUUCGGCUGGCUCCUUGCCCUCCGGAAACGUGAUUUCAUCAGAGAACAGUGAAGAAUCUUUAGAACAAGAUGUUCUUGAUAACAAUACAGAGCAGAUAGAUGACAAAAUAGCAGAUACAGAGCAGACAAACCAAGUGAUUGAAAAAGCAUCUGGCCCUAAGGAACCAGAGGAGAAACAAGAGGAGACCGAGCGUGAGGAAACCCCAGUGACUGAAGCCAAAUCAGCAGUUCCCAAGGGUGAUUCUGCUCCUCAUCCUGAACUAAGUGGGGAACCUGUGAUGACAAUGUAGUAAAUUCUUCCAUGUGCCUUCAACUGGAUAUUUGUAGUCCUAUUGGUGUCAGUUAAUGCUUUUUAGGUGGUGCUUUCUUUUUUUUCCCCCUCUAAGGAUAUGCUUGAUACCAUGUGAAUUCAGACUGCCUAGCUAUUUCAGUAUGUCAAAGUUAUAUCUACUGGCUAUUAAAAUUAAAAGCAAGUGAUAUCGGUAAAGUAGGAUCUUUUUGUAUGUAUAAAGACCCACACUGUUUAGCUUUUAGAUGUUUUUUUCCCAUUCUGAAAGUAAACAAACAUGAUAGCCUUCUUAUUUUCUAUAUGUGUGACCUGUAAAUAAUAUAUAUUUUGACAUAGGAAGAACUUUGGUUAGGAGUAAGUUCUAAUAGUGUUUGUUUUAAGGAAUGAAACUCAAUUAAGAUUUUUAGUACUUAUUAAAAAUGGAUAGAAUUUAAUUUUUAAUAUACUUGCUAGGGGAAAAAUGUCUGCUUAGCCAUUUACAUUAAGCAGUAUAAAAGUUGUGACUGUAACUAUACAGGCAUUGGUACAACUUCUCAGUCAGAAUGCAAUUGGACAGCCAGGUGCAGUGUUUCUUUUUGCUGUCUCUAUUUUGAAGCUGGGCCAAAGGCACAAGAUGUCAUAAUUAGAAUAUGUUUACAUAUUAAAACAUAGGAAAUAUCUCUGCACUUGACUGUGCUUGAAUUCUGAGCAUUAUUUAUUUGUAAAAUAAUGAUGAUAUUAUAAGUGAAUUUUGUGCUCUUGUGUGUAUUUUGUUAAGGAAAAUAAAGUGAUCUGGCCA